GUAAGUAGAGGCAGGGGAAAGCGCCGCUAGGCCAGCGCGGGCAGGCUGCCUGCCGCGGGAGGGCCGGCCGCGCUCGGCGAUGGUACUCCCCCCGGGCCCGAGUCCCCGCGGCUACGGGGCAGCGAGGCUGCCGCAGCGGCUCAGGCCCACUCGGGACGGGGAAGUGACGUCCCCGCUGCCCGCCCGCCCCCCGGAAGUGCGGGCAUUGCCCAGAACCGAGCGCGGCCGCUGGGGCCAUGUAGGAACCGUUACCGAAGCGGGAACACGCCGAGGCGACCAUGGAGCCGGCCGACAGUGACACCGCAGCCCUUCCUGUGCCGAACCUCGUCCCCCGGCACCGGGAGCUCAUCCCCACGCCCUGCGGCCCCAUAAAGCCUUGUUCAGAGCUAUCAUUUCCUGUCAAGAUGUACUUCUGUGUGACUAUUUUAUCUCUGCUAAGUGUAAUAGGGCUCACCAUAGAGACACUCACUCAACAAACUGAGGAAGACUUCACCAUUUCUUUUAUACAAUUAGUUGGAGUUGUGUUCUGUGUAUACUAUGUGACUAGAGGAAUUCUGCAGGAGAAUCGCCAGGAGCUCGGUGUUUUUGUUCUUUCCAUCUUGCUAGUGAUGUUUCGAUCCAUUGUCAACUUCACAGUUCUCUCAGCUGAACAAAAGCCAAAACUCCUGGCCCGCUUCAUUCUUAUUCUCUUGGUUGGCUCCUUCGAUGUGAUCUGUGCUAUCCUCCUCAUUCAGAGCGAAAGCAUGAUGGCCUUCCGAGUGGGCGGUGCUCUAGAAAGCCUACAGUCACAAUACUUCAUGCUGAACCUCUGUUUUUCCAUGUUGACUUUUGAUCUUCAGGCGCAGCUCUGUUUGUGCAUUCUGCUGACAAGCCUGCAUGAGAUCACCCUUCUGCAUAACAUCAUCUCAGCAACAGGGGUCCUUUGGGCAUGCCUAAAAGUGACCAUUAGCAUCAUUGCAGUGAUAACAGAGUGGGGCAAAGGGAAUUCUUACACUCUGGAAGCUGCUGUCAUUACUGGCUCCUGCAUUUCUGUUGCGAUAAAAUCUGUUUUGUUUUGGGCGUUGGUUCACGUCUACCGCAGCUUUGGGCAGGGGCUGAGAGAAAGAAUGUUUUCUUCCUAUGGAAGGAUCAACUCCUGAGUAUCCUCCCUUGUGUUCAAUCUGCAGCUCUCACAGAGUGAAGUCAUAGUUGGGAAAGUUCUGAUCAUGCAUUUGCAUUCAGAAUAUAAAGUAAUGGGUCAAUUUUGCUGAGAGAGGGGAAGUUGCUCAGAAAGGCGAGCCCAAAAGGGGGCAGAGCUACUCACCUUUUUGGUCCUCCAAUUUCAUGGUUCAGCACCUACACAUUUCUUGGUUUGCUUUGUGCUUGGGAACUAUAGCAGCGCAGCUGGUAACCUAGUUUAAAAAGCAAAAUACACGCUAGAAAUUAACAAUAAUCCUCUCAUUCAAUGGGUUUUGCUGACAGGACAACACAUCUUUCAUUCUAUUUUCCUGAUACUGUUUUGCAGCUGCAGGAGAUUCACAACCUACACAUGAAUGGAGAAUAAUAUAAAUCCUGGUUUAAUUAAUAUGCCAGCAUAAUGAAGGCAAUUUGCACAGCAGUCUUUUUUUUUUCCACUAAGCCUGAAAGUAGAUUGCCCUGCCUUCAUUUCUCAGCAGAUGUGCUGCUGAACAGAGGUUCCAAGGGUACAGCACAAGCUUUCUCUUGCUAUACUGCAGUUAAAUGGGUUUGUGAAAAAUUGUAAGUUGUUUUGAUGAAGCUACAUUCGCUGAUCCCCAACCUCACAGAAUGCCUAUGGCUUUUGUUCCUCCUGGCUUCAGAAUAUUUCCAAAUAUAUUUUUUUUAAUCCUAACUAUGUAUUAAAUCUACACAAUUUAAUCUCAUGCCCUGCCUCUGAUAAUGGUUCUAACCAAUGUGCCAUUUCAUGCCCAAUGGUGAUUGAUUGUUGAAAUAAACCUUUAAUUUAAAAUUUU